GAGGCUUCAGGAGUGCAUUUGUUUUUCUUGCUAAUUUUCUGCUAAAGAUUUUUUUGCGAUUUUGGGCUUUGCCUUUUUUUGCCCAGGAGUGUGUACCAAGGCAUUGUUGCGCAUUACGGAGCAAUAUACAGGCAGAUUAGUGUUUUUAUACCCACGGCAGAUCUGUUAGUGCCGAAUGGGCGUCAUAUUUUCGACUCCCAAGCUGCGCGCGCUGGUCCUCGCGGUGGGAUGAUCUGUGAGAAGCCGACACCACCCCGCGAGCUCCUGAGACACGAUCAGGACACGAGGUGAUCACAGCAGGCUCCUAAAAAUGUGCCCAAGUAGCCGAUUACAGCUCCUCCUUGCCAUCUUGCUCAGUCAAGUGGACUGCAGUUAUGCUGUACAGGAGAUCCAGUCUGAUCAUGAAACCCUCAUGAAGAUCAGUGCUGCAGGGGAAAUGAUGAGAUGCUCUGCAGCUAUGGAUGUCCUCUUUUUGAUGGACAGCUCGUACAGUGUUGGGAAGGGCAGCUUCGAGAGAUCCCGCCGCUGCGUACUGAAACUGUGUGAGGCUCUGGACAUCGGCCCAGACACGGUGAAAGUUGGAGUCAUUCAGUUUGGUUCGACUCCCAAGAUGGAAAUCUCGCUAGACUCCUUCAGCAGCAGAGAGGAGCUGAGCAAACACAUCAAGAAAAUACAGUACAGAGGAGGGAGCACACAAACCGGUCUGGCUUUGAAGUAUGUGAUGAAGAAGGGGUUCCUCGGUGGUCGGAAUUCCCCUGUGCCUCGCAUCGUCGUCCUCCUGUCUGAUGGAAAGUCCCAGGGUACAGUGCAGCCGGCUGCCUCUGACCUCAAACAGUCUGGAGUAAUUCUGUUUGCCGUGGGCCUACGCUAUCCAAGAUGGGAAGAGCUCAACUCUCUGGCCAGCGAUCCCACAGAGAGCCAUGUGUUUUUUGCAGAGCAUUUCAGUGAUACUGUGAACGGACUGUACACGAGCCUCACCACCUUCUCCAUCUGCAGUGCUGCCCCCUCAGGCUGUCAGGUGGAGUCCUUUCCUUGUGCACGUAAGACGCUGGAGACGAUCAAAGAACUGCAGGGCAACUUUAUAUGCUGGAAGGGUUCGAAGGACAACUUACCAUACACAUCGUUAUGUCCGUACUACAGAUAUACCAGUGCUUACAAGGUACUUCCCACAGUAUGUCACAGAACUGUUUGCUCAGAUCCUUGUGAUUCCAAGCCAUGUCAGAAUGGUGGGACGUGUGUGUCUGAAGGGCUAGAGAAGUACCAUUGCCAGUGUCCUCCAGGCUAUGGAAGUGACCCCAAAUGUGCUCCUGUGCUGUCUUUGGACUGCUCUGUAGAUGUGCUAUUCCUGGUUGAGAGCUCUACCAGCCUGAGUCUGGAGGGGUUCCUGCGCUUCAAGUCCUUCCUGAAGCGCUUUGUGCAAACAGUGUUGAGUUCAGACACUCCUGUGAAGAUUGGCCUGGCCCAGUAUGGCAGUGACGUAAAGGUUGAAGCCAAGAUUGGGCAGCACCGAGACCAAGUGAAGCUGCUCCAGGCUGUGGAGUCUCUCCAGUACCAGAAAGGAGAGGUUAAAACCGGAAAUGCAUUACGCUACAUCACACGACAUGGCUUCCAAAGUGCCCCAGUGUAUGCUGAUGUUCAAGAUGACCUGCCUCGUGUGGUGGUGCUCAUCACUGGCACUCCAUCGUCUGAUGCUGUAGUGGAGUCUGCUAAAUAUGCAAGAGAGAGAGAGAUCUUUAUCAUCGGCAUGGGGCCUGAUAGGAUGAAGGCUGAGAUCAACGCCAUCACAGGAAACCCUCAGCGCACCAUCACUUACAGUUUGCCUGACGAACUGAAUGCAAAGAUCCCAGAACUCAGAGCCAAGAUCUGCAGUGUGGACAGCCAGGGGUGUCUGGGUCAGGCAGUGGACCUGGUCUUUCUUCUGGACGGUUCAGCAAGUGUCGGGAAGGACAACUUUGUUCAUUUGCAGGAAUUUGUGCGCAGCACGUCUGUGCAAUUUGACAUAAACCGUGACUUGACUCAGGUGGGGCUGGUGGUGUACAGCCGGUGGCCUGUCUCCGUCUUUGAGCUGGACUCUCAUGCUUCAGGCUCUGCUGUGCUUAAGGCCUUGGGAAAUGCAUCCUAUUUGGGUGGAAAGGCCUCUACCGGCUCAGCUCUUCUACACGUGCACUCUCAUAGUCUGACUGUGGCCAAAGGGGCACGGCCAGGUGUCAACAAGGUCGUAGUUGUGCUCACUGAUGGCACGGGGGCUGAGGAUGCAGCGGUGCCAGCUCAGAAGAUCCGGGACGAUGGCGUGUCUGUGUUUGUGAUUGGCAUUGGAGAUGUGCAGCGCGAGAGUCUCCUGCGCAUUGCUGGCAUUGAGGAUCACAUCAUCACUGUGCCCUUCUAUGAGGACCUGAAGUACUUUGAGGAUGUGCUGUUGCAGAUGGUAUGCACAGAUGUGAAGAAGCCUGUGAAUCCCUGCAGGCCCAACCCCUGUAUGAAUGACGGCGUGUGUGUACUACUGAACAGAAACUAUCGCUGUGAAUGCCGGGGAUGGGAGGGACCGCACUGCGAGACACGAAGCAGGCAGCAGCCCUCCAGAGGAGAUCUCCCAAGACCUGCAGCAUUGAGAAGCCGCCACAGGAAGAAUGUUAUAGAGCUGCAGCAGCGUUGCACAGAACACCGCAGGAGACAUGCUAGCUGAUUAGUCAUAGGACGACUAGAGCUGGCACACAUGCACAGGCAAUUCCAUUGUUACUUACUCCUUAGUUUGCUAAACAUGGAAAAAAGGGAAAGACAAAGGUGAGGUGUGUUUUUCAUGUUUAGAAAGGCUUACUAUAAGCGCUCUACUACAGGAAACUGGAGAUAUCGGGGAUCUCCACACUCACUGCAGCUCCUAUUCAGCACAGACUCUGUUAUAAUUACUCUAGACAACUAAACAUAUCAUUACACUUUCAGUGAUGGAGUGUGAGCAGCCAGCACCUCUUUUUGGUGAUUUUAAAGACCUGUCUUUAUCAAUCCUAUUUAAAACUGUUGCUGUAAAAGCAACACAUCAUUACGGUAACACUCCCGAACAAUAAUUUUUAAGUAGUAAAAUAGUGCCUUAUGUCUGUAAUUUUAUAUAAAUAUUUUACAUUUUUCAGUGUGGUCAGUUGUGGCUGGUGUGUCCAACAGCCUUUGCUUCAUUUCUUAAGAUCCAUUUCAAACAAAUGUAAAUGCUUUUUUAGUUUUGUUCAUGACCUUUUAAAUGUUCAGAAAACUUUCUAACAAAGCCCCUGUCAGGAGGCUCUAUUUUAAAUAUUUAUUUUAUAUACUCUAGAAAAAUAAUUAAAUACUUUUUUUGUCAAAUUGAUGCUUUGUGAUGUGUAUAUACAAAUUAUACAUGCGUCUUCUGGUGCCAUCUGCUGGAGAGAAAUAUUAUCACAAUAGAAUACGGCAUUCGAGUGCUGUGGUGAAAAAGCUGGAACAUGUUUCAGAACUGGUUUUAUUGGAAUAAAAAAAGUGCAUGUUUUAUAUAGCCAAAUUCAUCCAAAUGGCUCUGUAUAAAUGUAUUUACAUCUAGGCUACCAGCAUACAUGAAUUUAAGCUAUAGUCUAGACCUCACCACAUUGUUAACUAUAUGAGGCUCUCUGCUUUCUUAUUUUCUAAGCUGUCUCAAAGAAUAUGCCUUUCCAAAAUGUGCUCUUCAUUGUUAUAAAAUAUACAUUUGAAAAUAUUUU